ACCUCCAAAAAAAUAAACUUCAACAAAUGAUCUCUUUUAUAAUCACGGUAGUCCUCCAAAAGGAACGAGUUUCAUCAAAUGAUCACUUUUAUAAUCACGGCAGUCCUCCAAGUGAAUGAGUUUCAACAAAUGAUCACUUUUAUAAUCACGGCAGCCCUCCAAAGAAUGAGUUUCAACAAAUGAUCCCUUUUAUAAUCACGGUAGUCCUCCGAAAGGAACGAGUUUUAAAAAAAUGAUCCCUUUUAUAAUUACGGCAGUCCUCCAAAGAACGAGUUUCAACAAAUGAUCCCUUUUAUAAUCACGGUAGUCCUCCGAAAGGAACGAGUUUAAAAAAAAAAUGAUCCCUUUUAUAAUUACGGCAGUCCUCCAAAGAACGAGUUUCAACAAAUGAUCCCUUUUAUAAUCACGGCAGUCCUCCAAAGAAUGAGUUUCAACAAAUGAUCACUUUUAAAAUCACGGCAGUCCUCCAAAGAAUGAGUUUCAACAAAUGAUCCCUUUUAUAAUCACGGCAGUCCUCCAAAGAAUGAGUUUCAACAAAUGAUCCCUUUUAUAAUCACGGUAGUCCUCCGAAAGGAACGAGUUUUAAAAAAAUGAUCCCUUUUAUAAUUACGGCAGUCCUCCAAAGAAUGAGUUUCAACAAAUGAUCCCUUUUAUAAUCACGGCAGUCCUCCAAAGAAUGAGUUUCAACAAAUGAUCACUUUUAAAAUCACGGCAGUCCUCCAAAGAAUGAGUUUCAACAAAUGAUCCCUUUUAUAAUCACGGCAGUCCUCCAAAGAAUGAGUUUCAACAAAUGAUCCCUUUUAUAAUCACGGUAGUCCUCCGAAAGGAACGAGUUUUAAAAAAUGAUCCCUUUUAUAAUUACGGCAGUCCUCCAAAGAAUGAGUUUCAACAAAUGAUCCCUUUUAUAAUCACGGCAGUCCUCCAAAGAAUGAGUUUCAACAAAUGAUCCCUUUUAUAUUCACGACAGUCCUCCAAAGAAUGAGUUUCAACAAAUGAUCCCUUUUAUAAUCACGGCAGUCCUCCAAAGAAUGAGUUUCAACAAAUGAUCACUUUUAAAAUCACGGCAGUCCUCCAAAGAAUGAGUUUUAAAAAAUGAUCCCUUUAAUAAUCACGGCAGUCCUCCAAAGAAUGAGUUUCAACAAAUGAUCCCUUUUAUAAUCACGGCAGUCCUCCAAAGGAAUGGGCGUCACCUGCGUGUCCUGGGAACCGGAGAGCUAUUCCAACUCAUGGAAAGACUCAGGAUGUCAAGUGGUACCCGACAUGUCUAACGAAUACAAUACAACAUGUGCGUGUAAUCACAUGACCGUGUUUGCGGCCCUGAUGGAUCCUACCGCAGCACCUUUGUCUGAAGGCCAUAAGAGUGCCCUAGAGGUGAUAUCACAGAUUGGUUGCUCCUUAUCACUGGUUGGAAUCAUCCUUACGGUCACCAUCACUAUUGUGUACUGGCGAAAGCUCAAGUCGCCGAGAGCAGAGGUGCUUCUCAAUAUCUGCUUUAACAUCGCUAUGACGUGUGUACUGGUUAUAGCGGAACCACUGGCCCGACAUAGCCAGGUGUCUUGUGCAACUAUGGCUAUUCUGCUCCAAUUCUUUCUGCUGGCCGUAUUCUCGUGGAUGUUGUGUGAAGGACUUCUUCUGUAUGUCGUGUUUAUCGGCGAAAUAACCAAGUCAGCGAAUGAGAAGCUCAAAUAUUUCUAUGUGUUUGGAUAUGGCUUUCCCAUUGUGUUAGUGUCGGUCUCCAUAGGCAUCUCCAGGCUCCAAGGUUACGGUGAUGUUGGUAAAGUCUGUUGGCUCUCCGCGGACUCGGGGCUACUAUGGGCAUUUAUCGCACCAGCGCUUUUUGUUAUCACGGUAAACACAAUUGUUCUGAUUGCGAUCAUACGGCGCAUGCUCAGUCUCAAGUUGAUGCAGAAAAAAUCAGCGCUAGUACGCGUGCGCGCAGGGAUUCGCGCAGCUGCAGUGAUACUCCCAUUGUUAGGGAUCACGUGGGUGUUUGGUUUGCUGACGUUUGGCACGGACACGCUCGUCUUCAAGUAUUUGUUCGCGGUGUGUAACUCUCUGCAGGGAUUUGCAGUAUUCAUCUUUCACUGCGCUUUUAAUAAUAAGGUACACGAAGCAAUGCGCUUUAGCUCACAAAGACGCCCUCGGCAAUCUAUGGUGGGAUUGUCAAGCAUUAAAGUACAACCGGUAAGGCCUCGCGACAGCGACCCGCCAUCUGCAGACUUCCGCCGUAUGUCACUGUUCAACAUGUACUUGCGCAGAAACAGGAGUAAGCGAGGACCCAGGCCAUCAUGCUCGACAUCGGGUAGAAAUGAGUCAGAACGGCCACCGAAAUGCCUCGAAAUGAUCGCAGAGCAGGAGAGUGAGAAAAAUAACGAUGGAUAUGAAAUAUCAACGGCUUUCUAGCCUGGGAUUAUAACAAUGUGUUCAUCAGGGAAUGUACAAUGCCUAUUCAGCCAGCAGGAAUAGCAGUUUUUCUAUUAUAGGACAGUUGUCCAUUGUACACAUUGAACACACAGAUGUCUUCUAUGACGGAACAUACACAGAAUUCUACUAUUACGUCAAACGCUGUAUAUGCACAGACGUCUUCCAUGACGUCACAUGGAACGUGUAGAUGUCACAUGCAGAACACUGGAAUCAACAACGCCACACGCCUUUCAAAUUUCAAAAAUGUCUACUAUGACGUCACACGCUUAUAGACCAGUCAGCUAGUCAUUCUAGCUGUAAACAAAAAAAUGUUUUCACCUGCUGGCAGGGGAAAAUAUGGGCGUGGUUAAUGCUUAACAGAAAAUAAUAAGGGAGUGUUCAUUAAAUACACCGAGGGGGGGGGGGAAUAUUGAGUGGGGCUCCGAAAAUGUUUAACCACCAAAGGAGGGGGGGGGGGGGAGAUAGUCCUCUAAAAACGGGGCUCUUGAAUUAAUUUAGGAGCCGUACAAUGCAGCUUUAACAUUUUACUGAUAUGAUCUAGUUUGUAGCACAAAUAAAGAUUCAGUAUUUAGCCAAAUGACCAAUGUAUAAUUCUAUUGUCUAUAAUUCUAUAUAUGUAUAUAUACAAUGUUUUAUACGUUGUUGGACAUAACCCCUUUUUAUACAGAAUAUAUACACACAGGGGCUAAUAAGCCCCUGAUACAAAUGUAUACUCCUUCACAUGCAUCCUUAGGGCCGGACCAUGUGACUUUUGAUGAGGGGGGGAUUUUAAAAUUCCUGCAAGCAACUGAUUAAUGAAAAAAAAAAAAGCAAAUAAAAUUUCCCCCCUCUGUGUAUUUAAUGAAGCCUCCCUAACAUUGUCAUAUUGCCUUGAUAAGUGUCGUCUCCUAGGGGAGACAUCAGAAACAAGGCAGCCGGUCCUUUGUUUAAUAGUGACAAGGACUAGAAUAACAAUAUGCGGGUAUAAAAGAAUAGAUAACUCAGAUCACCUAGCGUACACUCUUGCCAAGCACAUUAUUAAAAAAAGUAUAUAUUUAACUAAAA